CCGCUGCCGCUGGAAGAUGAGGCGGACCCCCCGCCGCCGAUCGCGGAAGUGGGGCCCACUAGGGUGCCUACUGUGGGCGAGGGGAGUAGACAGUUCUGGAAGGCUGGGGAUUAUGAUGGGAGCUCGAUCGCCGAUUCUCUGCCUUCAAAUGGAAUUGGCAUGGAUCACGUCAGAGUUCACCCUAAAUUUCUACACUCAAAUGCUACCAGUCACAAGUGGGCUUUGGGAGCUUUUGCUGAGCUUUUGGAUAAUGCUCUUGAUGAGGUUUGCCAUGGAGCUACAACCAUUAAUGUUGAUGUAUUGCAGAACAGGAAAGAUGGGACCAGAAUGUUGUUGAUUGAAGACAAUGGUGGAGGAAUGGACCCGGAUAAAAUGAGACAAUGCAUGUCCUUGGGCUAUUCAGCGAAGAGCAAAAUUGCAAAUACUAUUGGACAGUAUGGAAAUGGUUUUAAGACAAGCACAAUGAGACUUGGUGCAGAUGUCAUUGUGUUCUCCCGCAGUCAUGGAAAAGAUGGAAAAAGCCCAACACAAAGCAUUGGCAUGCUGUCCUACACUUUUCUGAGGAACACUGGGAAAGAAGAUAUUGUAGUUCCUAUGCUGGAUUAUGACAAAAAAGGUCAAGCUUGGCACAAAAUGACGAGAUUAUCUUCAGUCGAUUGGAAUAUAAAUUUAGAAACCAUACUACAAUGGUCUCCCUAUUCGAGUGAAGCUGAUUUACUUAAGCAGCUGAACUCAAUGAGUGAUCAAGGGACUCGAAUAGUCAUAUACAAUCUAUGGGAAGAUGACCAAGGAGAGCUAGAGCUUGACUUUGACACCGACGAACAUGAUAUUCAGCUUGGUGGUGUCAAUCGGGAUGAGAAAAAAAUUGAAAUGGCUAGACAAUUUCCAAACUCCAGACAUUUCUUAACAUAUCGUCAUUCAUUACGGAGUUAUGCCUCGAUUCUCUAUCUUAGAGUUCCGCAUGGCUUUAGGAUGAUUCUUCGUGGUAAAGAGGUCGAACACCACAACCUUGUGAACGAUAUGAUGUUAAAGGACACUGUCUCUUACAGGCCGCAACCGGGUGCGGAUGGAGUUCUGAAGUCUUCAGAUAUGGUUGCUACUGUGACAAUGGGCUUUGUUAAGGAUGCAAAACAUCACGUUGAUGUUCAAGGAUUUAAUGUUUACCACAAGAAUCGACUAAUAAAGCCAUUUUGGAGGGUUUGGAAUGCUGCUGGAAGUGAUGGACGUGGGGUUAUCGGUGUUCUGGAGGCCAAUUUUGUUGAACCGGCUCAUGAUAAGCAAGGUUUUGAGCGGACGACUGUUCUUUCAAGACUUGAAGCACGACUGAUUCAGAUGCAGAAGACAUAUUGGUCAACCAAAUGUCACAAAAUUGGCUAUGCUCCAAGGCGUAAUAAGAAACAGAAUGACUCAGAUGAUAGAGGAAGCUCACCCGAAUCUCCUUCAGUGCCAUCAUCACGUAUUUCUGGGAAGAAUGCUUAUAUUUCAUACUCUAUUAAGACAGCAAAAUCUAGUGGAUUGCCCUUUGUGUCGGCUAAGUCAGGGGAUCACAGAAGAGGAAGUUUACCUGGUUCAAGUUCUAAAAAAUCAAGACGGUAUGGAUCACAAUUAUCUGAUGGCAGUGAUCCGGAAACUGAGUACAUUCCUACAAGGAGAUCCAUCACAAAUGAAUCAAAUCGUGCUAAAGUUUUCGCUAAAACAUCCUUGCAGAAGGAUAGUGCUCAUCCAUCUUUAUCAGGGUCUCCAUUUUCAGUAAAUAAGGAAGCCGAGGUACAUAGUUGUUCUGAUGGUGUGGGAAGUGCUCAAAUGGGUACAAGAUUACAGUCAAAGGCAAUCCUAGUUACAUGCAAUGGAAAUGAGACCGGCAAUGGAGAUUCUCCACUGAGAAUCAAGCAAUUGACGGAUGAAAAUGAAACAUUGAAGAAAAGGAUAAUGAAACUUGAAGAGAGAAUAGCACGUGAAUUGCAGCAGGAGAGGGAGAAGAAUAAAUUGUUAACUGAGCAGUUUGAAGCUGCAAAAAAGAAGCUGGAUGAGGCAACUAAAGAACAGGAAGCUUUAGUCGACGUUUUCGCGGAAGAAAGAAUCCGCCGAGACAAAGAAGAGGAAACUUUGAGGAACAAGUUGAGGGAUGCUUCUAUUACGAUACAAGAUCUUCUGGAGAAGUUGAGCUCGAGCCGAAAUAAACAAAAACCAUCAUGAAGAAAUGAGAAUGCAAAUUAAACCUUGAAAUUCUCUUUAGCAGUUGCAUUCGCAACAGGAUCACUGUUCCUACUUUAGAAACGCUACACAAAGGGAUGAGAAGAUGGUGAGGCAUCCUUCAUCAACUAAGUAUUUAGUGCGUUAUGUAAAUAUGAAUCUCCCUUUAGUAACUUUGUAUGCACGUGAUGUGACUAUGUAAAGUACAAGGCUAAGUUUCUUGCAUGUAUGAGUCUUGUAUCUCUGAUGUAACUUUGUAUUGAUUAUCGAUGCAAGGGUUAUCUUCCUCUACCUGUCUUAAUGCAAGGAAAUUUAGUCCCAUUGAAUUUCUCAUGUUAACUUAGUAGGUAUAAAGCUCUCUUAAGUUUGAGAUGUCAACUACUUAAGAGCGUCUCUGAUGCUACGAUAUAUUCACUAAAAGAGUGCAAUAUCCUUUUGUCUGUA